CUUAGGUCCAAAUUCAAAGCACUGUUUCUCCCACUCACUUGCACACCCACGCACUUGCGCACAAACACUUACACUUUUUGGGAGUACAUAAAUAGAGCCACCCUUUGAGGCAGAAGAUCAGCAAUGGUUCCGCAACCUGUACCACUGACUCGUAAAUGUCCUCUUUUGUACCGGUUGGUGGGUCUGUCUCGCAGACCCACUUCGCAUUUGAGUAGCCUUAAGACAAUUCCUACAAACCCAGUUCAGAUAAGUGGACUUAGAAGCUGUUUUUUAUCCAGUUACCACCAAUUUUCGCUAAAUUCUUCAACUCAUCGAACCGAAGUUUACAAGGAUUUGGGUCGUUCCGCGGUGGGUUUUAGGAACUUGGGUUUUGAAAAUUUUCGGGUUUUAGGUGUUUCAAACGGCAGCUCUGGGGGUACUGCAGGGGAUGGACGUGGUGGUGACAAUUCUGGUGGAGGCGGUGGUGGUGGAAGCGGUGGAGGUGGAAGUGGAGGUGGAGGUGGAGGUGAAGGUGAAGGUCGUGGUGGGAGCAACUGGUCAUUGCUAUCAUG